UUUCUUAACAUUUUUCUAGCUUAUUCCGAUGAAGUAAUAGAAUUUAAUGAAAAAAUUUGGGAAAAGUGUGGAAAGGAGUUGAGAGGAGACUCAGGGAAGGAUGUGAAUCUAGUAUGCUUUCGUUCCUCCAAACACCUUUUAAUUCAAAAAGUCGAAAUCCUGAGUCUCCGCCCAUUUAUCCUUCAAUACCAUAACAUGGUGCAUCGCCGACUAGCCAAAAGAUCGGUUCUAGAAGCCGAGGCACUGCAAUUAGAGCAAUUGAGAAUCUCCGGGAAAACCGAGACCCCUGAAAAGUCCCAAGUGCGCGCAGCAAACGGAACAUGGCUAAUCCACACGAAACGACCAAAUUUUGCAAAAAUAUUCUGGAAUUUACAAGUAAAUAUCAGAGCCCUGGAUCUAAGUACUGCAGAACCAUGGCAGAUAUUAAGCUAUAAUUCUGAAGGGUACUAUGCUCCACAUUACGAUUUUCUGAAUCCAGAAACAAAUAAGGUCUUGGUGGAGUCUCGUGGGAAUAGGAUUGCUACAGUGCUGGUGAUUUUGCAAAUAGCUAAAAAAGGAGGAACUACCGUAUUCCCAAAAAUCAAUAUCAACAUUCGACCGAAAAUUGGAGACGUUGUGGUUUGGCUGAACACUGUUCCAGAUGGAGAAUCCGAUUCACAGACUCUUCAUGCGGCGUGCCCAAUCAAGGAAGGGACAAAAAUAGGUGCUACACUCUGGGUUCAUGCCAAUGGUCAAGAGUUCUCCCUGCCUUACACAUCCAAUGGGAAAGAUAGUUUCGAGGGUGAGGAAUAUUGGUAUGAGCAAUACCUAGAUCUUUGUGAUAACGUGGCGAAGGAUACCACCUGGCAGUGGAGAAGAGCAGUAUGCUUUGAGUAUCUAAUCAGUUUUCAAGCCGUCAAAGUGGAAGUUAUUUCUUGGAGCCCGGGACUUGUCAUUUAUAGAGACAUGUUCACCAAAAAACAGGUUCUUGAUUAUAUAGAAAUUAUGAAACACCAAGAUUUUGAAGAGCAGCAAGUGGUGAACGAUGAUGGCACGGAAUACUACUCUAAGUACCGAAAAGCUAAUGGAACUCAAAUCAUAGCUCCGGACUUCCCAGCGGCUUUAUCAAUUUGGAAAACUGUCAAAAUUUUGAUACCAACUUUGAAUAUUGAAAGCUCGGAGGAUAUUGUGGCCCUCUCCUACAUCCGUGGUGGUCACUAUGCCGCCCACCAUGACUUCUUGGAGUACCCUUCUGAAAAAGAAUGGGAUGGCUGGAUGAAAGACUACGGUAAUCGCUUCGGAACCCUAAUUAUGGCUUUUGAAACAGCGGAGUUGGGCGGGGCGACUAUUUUCCCAUCACUGAACGCCGCAAUACGACCAAACACAGGAGACGCAUUUUUCUGGUUCAACGCGAUGGGAAAUACUAAACAGGAGGACCUUUCUGAUCAUGGCGGCUGCCCAAUCUACGAAGGCAAGAAAAGUAUCUCUACAAUUUGGUUCAGAAUGAAGAACCAGCCGAUUCUUACGAAACUUUUGAACCCAGGGCACAUUUCUGCAAGAUGGCUCAUUCCCGAUCAUUUUUAA